UUCCGACGAAAAAAUUGUAAAUAUUCAAUUUAAAAUCUGCGAGCUUAUCCAUUUUUUCAAUCAAAGCAUAAUUCAUUCCGGGAUGAAGGGUGAGAGGGGACUGACUCCAUAUUCAAAAGGCGAAAUGUAUGACUAAUAGGCCGUUAUCCGGCGAGACGAGAACACCCUGUAUAACGUAACUGUGUGUAUAAGAAAAAAAAAGAUCGGCAGUAUCAGGUAAUGUGACGAAAUCGUGAACUCAAGGGCGUGUAUAUGCGUAGCGUGUGUCCACAUCUUGCCGUUGCCGGCGAUGCCACUCGGCUUUAGGCGUCAUAAGGAUUGAUUUCUGUUGCCUUCUGUAACGAGAAAUCUCAGACGAGAGAAGAAUGGGCCAGCGGGUUUCAAGGACGGAUUUCGAAUGGAUCUACACGGAGGAGCCGCACGCUUCACGGCGCAAAAUAAUUCUAGAAAAAUAUCCACAAAUUAAACGGUUGUUUGGAUAUGAUCCAAAUUUCAAAUGGAUUGUCACAGGGAUGGUAUUAGUGCAGUUCUUAUCAUUUUUUAUUGUCAAAGAUUUGAGCUAUCCAAAACUCUUGUUGUUAGCGUACUGUUUUGGAGGUGUAAUAAAUCACUCUCUUAUGCUUGCAGUACAUGAGAUAUCUCAUAAUCUUGCUUUUGGACAUGCCAGGCCUAUGGCUAAUCGGCUAUUUGGCUUCUUCGCAAAUCUGCCAAUAGGAAUACCGAUAUCUAUCAGUUUUAAAAAGUAUCAUCUCGAACAUCAUCGUUAUCAGGGAGAUGAAAAAUUAGAUACAGAUUUGCCAACAUUAUUAGAGGCGAAAUUAUUUUGUACAACUUUCGGGAAGUUUUGUUGGAUACUAUUGCAGCCAUUUUUCUAUGCAUUCCGACCUCUUGUAACAUAUCCGAAAGUACCAACUUCUUUAGAAUACAUCAAUUUAGUCAUACAGUUGGUAUUUGAUGGUUGUGUGUGGUACUUUUUCGGUGGUAAAGUACUGUUUUACUUGCUUAUUGGUUCCUUCAUGGCAAUGGGAUUGCAUCCUGUGGCAGGACACUUUAUAUCAGAGCAUUAUAUGUACAGAAAAGGCUUUGAAACAUAUAGUUAUUACGGUCCUUUAAAUUUCAUCACCUUCAAUGUUGGGUAUCAUAACGAGCACCAUGACUUUCCUGCAGUGCCUGGUUCGAGAUUACCAGAAGUUAAACGUAUAGCUGCAGAAUUUUAUGAUAACUUGCCACAACACAAUUCGUGGGUUUCUGUUCUGUACGACUUCGUGAUGGAUCCUGAAAUCGGACCGUAUGCAAGAAUGAAAAGAAGACAUCGAGGAUUAAAUAAUUAGAUCUUUUUUUCUUAUCUUUUAAUUUUUCUAAAAAGUAUAUACUAUAAGAUUUAUACGCUACUAAUUAUGUGUUAUUAUGCAGAAUUGCAUGUUUAUUAAGCAUUACAGCAUUAUUUAUUAAGCAUACAAUUUAAAGGUUUUCUAUAUCGCUUAGAGCAAAACGUGAUCGUCACGUAUCGAGAGACAUAUAAGCGUAUUUAUUUGCAUUAUAAUACAAAUUCAGGGAAAAUUUAGAGAUUAUAAUAAUACUGAUUUAGGCAAGUAAUUUCUCAAUGUUCCUGUCAAGUUGAUUCCAUCUCAGAAAUUAAUUUAUUUUCGGUCUAGUCACAUUACUAAUAAUUUUUGAUUGUAUUCGUGUCAUUUAACACGAGUUGUUUUUUUGACUUUGCUCAAUCAAAAAGAUGAAAUGAACAUCAUUUAUUCUAACUUUCCGGUUUUUAUUUUUGGCUACCAUCUUUCAUUUAAUUCUAGUGUCAUUAACUCAAUAAUUAUCAGCCUUUUUGAUGAAACCAGGUUUUUAAAGUUCGAAAGUGAUUAAUAUUUAUAAUUUUAUUUCUAUGCAAUUUAAAUUAAACAAAUUCGUAAAAUAAAAAAAAUUAGAUUUAAUUGCUUCGGGAACAAUUUAAACUUCUAUGUUAGUCAGAAAUGCUCUACGUUUCGCAAAGUAAAAUCUGUGAUGUAAGAGUAUAUACUCUGUACUUUUAUGUGUAAUAUAGCAACUCUGGAUGACAUUGUUAAGUUGAAAACUCAGAGAGAUGCGUGAUGGCAUACAUUAUAUGAUACGAAAUUGUACAUAUAUCACUUUAACGAGACAAAUUAAUAUGACAUAGAUUACUUGUCAAGUAAUCGUAUAUAUUUUCCAAUGAAUUUAAGAAUAUAAAAAUAAAAUGUAUGAAACUUCUAAAAUUAUCGUCGAA